AUGCAGCCAUCUUCAAUUAUUAACAACCGAGCUAAGAAUCAUGUCGCGUUCCUGGCCGACUCUCUGGAUCGACCGGAAGGCAUUGGAUCCAUGUCAGCUGCGAUCUAUGAUACAGCAUGGUUAGCCAUGAUAUCGAAGACCGAGAGCGAUGGCUCUGUUCAUUGGUUGUUUCCUGAAUGUUUUCAGAUCCUUGUGGAAAGUCAAUCUGCCGAAGGAGGUUUCAAUGGGUGGAGCGCAGAUGUUGAUGCCAUUCUUCAUACGAUGGCUGCGCUGCUCGCGCUGCUGAAGCACGAUAAACAACCAUCCACCAAUGUCUGUCCGUGCCCUUCUGAUAUCAAAGAUCGCAUUGCGCGCGGUGAGGCCUUCCUACGACAGAGGCUAGCGUCCUGGGAUGUCGAGUCCACAGUACAUGUGGGCUUUGAGAUCCUUGUUCCGACCCUUCUGGAGCAACUGCAGCUUGAAGGACUGAACUUCAAGUUCCCAGGUUCCGCAAAGUUGCUUGCAAUCAAUCAACAAAAGCUCGCGCGGUUUUCACCAAAUAUUCUCUAUGCAUCGGUUCAGUCAACGCUGCUGCACUCUUUGGAAGCCUUCGUGGGCAUGGUCGACUUUGACAAGCUCUCACACCAUCUCCGCAAUGGGUCCAUGAUGGGCUCGCCGUCUUCCACUGCGGCAUAUUUGAUGAAUUGCUCUCACUGGGAUCCUGUCGCCGAGGCCUAUCUCCGAUCCGUAGUGGCCGCACGCCAAGGGAAGGUACCGAGUGCUUUCCCGAACACUGUAUUUGCUCUCACAUGGAAGAUUCUAAGUGUCGUCCAGAGCAUGUCCACGCUAAUGGAGUCCGGUUACACCGCUGAUGAGCUGGGUAGUGACAAUAUGAACAAGUUGGCCGGCUACCUCGAAGCCCAGCUUGAAGCACAGAAAGGAGUAGUCGGGUUCGCUCCGGGCGUCUUGCCUGAUGCCGAUGAUACUGCGAAAGCUCUCAUCUCACUAAGUCAAUUAGGUCGCCCGGUCAGCUGUGAGCGCUUGAUCGAUGUUUUUGAAACUCCGACGCAUUUCAUGACGUAUCCGCAUGAGCGGAACGAGUCGUUCAGCGCCAAUUGCAAUGUCCUGAAGGCCAUCCUUCAUUCCAAGAACCCAUCUAGCCAUUUGCCUCAAAUCUGCAAAGCAGUCGCCUUUCUGACUCGCAGCUGGUAUGCGGGCAAAGUCAAUGAUAAAUGGGUCUUUCUCACAUUCACGCAGAACCUCGAAGUUCAAUAUUCCAUGAUGCUUCUCUCGGAAGCUUUCACUCUCCUUCUGAAGCUUUGGGAAGAGGAUAGUUCAUUGGAUCUGCCUCAAGAUCUAAUAGCAAACCGUGUCCCCAUUGUGUUGUUCCAGAUAUUAGCACGAACUCUGAGCAGUCAGUCGGAAGACGGCUCCUGGGGGCAAAAGCCAUCUGCUGAGAUCACCGCAUAUGGUACAUUGACCCUGAAGCAACUCGGCUCGCUUGCAUGGGCCAAGGCACUUGAGCCAGAGAUUCAAAGCGCAAUUAGCCGCGGUGUAUCAUUCCUAGAAAAUAAUCAGUCCAGCUGGGAUCAAUCAGAACAGAUCUGGAUCGAGAAGGUCAGUUACGGCUCCUCGCUUCUGUGCGAGGCUUACUGCCUGGCUGCUAUGAAGCAUUCCGGAAAGUACGCCUGGGGAGAGAAAGUGUCCGGCAUGCAUUCUAUUCCAUUAGCUGCCGUUGAUAAGUUCUCCAAACUCUUCUCUAGACUGCCAGCUCUCUCCUCAGAACCCGAAUGGAAGCUGCGGAUGUCUGCAGUGGAGGGUUUCCUCUUUGGCCGGGCUCUUCGUCAAGUCCGCUUAGAUGUCUUUCCUCGGAAAGGGAUGGGCAAGGACAAGUACUUCGACUAUGUUCCCAUUUGCUGGACCGCAGCCAACAAUGCGGCCGGGUUUGGGCUUUCUGCUGAUAUUAUGUGGGAUAUGAUUGUUCUUUCCAUGCUGGUUUUUCAAGUGGACGAAUAUCUGGAGUCCGUGGGAGAGCAGUACAAGGGCCGCCUUGAUGAGGUCCGAACAAUUAUUCAAAAUUUGUUCCACGAACGGACAGCGAAGCCUCAGGCUAAUGACCAAAAUGGGAUUUCUCAGAACGGUCACGUUGCCAAUGGUCAUAUAGAGAACGGCCACGUCCAAAAUGGCCAUUCCCACAACGCAGACGAUGCCCCCGAGCUGCUUGCCGAAGUGAAGUCAACCCUGACUGGCCUGAUCGACUGGAUAAUGAACCAUCCAAAGGUACACGCUUCACCACCAGCAGCCAAAAAACGCCUAUCCCAACAAACCACAGCGUUUCUUUUAGCCCACAUCCAACAAGCUGACGACAACGCACGCCUCUUCAACCCAGGCAAGACGAACAACAACAAGCCCGAAGGAACAUUCUUCAACUGGGUGUGCGGCACAGGGGCCGAGAAUACCGGCGGCAUCUUCUCCCUAGAGUAUUUCGGCCACCUCCUCGCUCCAAAGGCCGGGAAAGAGUGUUUCCGCGGCGCGGUACAGAAGUACCUGUUUCAAGAUUUGGGACGCCACCUCGCAAGCGUGAGUCGGCAAUACAAUGACCUCGGCUCGGUUGCGCGUGAUCGCGACGAGGGGAACUUGAAUAGUCUGGACUUUACCGAGUUCCAUGAGAAUGGGCAAAAGAAUGACCAGGCCGGUGCCGAGCUGCUCCGCAUUGCGACGUACGAGAGGGAUUGUAUUGAGUUGGUAAUACAGAAGUUGAGGCGCGAGGUGGAAUCGGGGACGGUGAAGGCAAUUGAGGCGUUUGUGAAUGCGACAGACCUGUUUGGACAGGUUUAUGUGAUGAAAGAUCUUGGGACUCGCCUGAAGUAG